AUGAACGGCGAGGAGCAGUACUACGCGGCUACGCAGCUUUACAAGAACCCGUGCGCGUUCCAGCGGGGCCCGGCGCCUGAGUUCAGCGCCAGCCCCCCUGCGUGCCUGUACAUGGGCCGCCAGCCCCCGCUGCCGCCGCCUCCAUUCCCCAGUACCCUGGGCGCUCUGGAGCAAGGCAGCCCGCCGGACAUCUCCCCAUAUGAGGUGCCCUCCCUUGCUGAGGACCCCACGGUGGCACACCUCCACCACCACCUCCCUGCUCAACUCGCGCUACCGCACCCACCCCCCGGGCCUUUCCCGGAUGGAGCCGAACCAGGAGCCCUGGAGGAGCCCAGCCGCAUCCAGCUGCCUUUCCCGUGGAUGAAGUCUACCAAGGCUCAUGUGUGGAAAGGCCAGUGGGCAGGCAGUGCCUACUCUGCAGAACCCGAGGAGAACAAGCGGACGCGCACCGCCUACACACGCGCGCAGCUGCUGGAGCUGGAGAAGGAGUUCCUAUUCAACAAAUACAUCUCUCGACCUCGCCGGGUGGAGCUGGCCGUCAUGCUGAACUUGACGGAGAGACACAUCAAGAUCUGGUUCCAAAAUCGCCGCAUGAAAUGGAAAAAAGAGGAGGACAAGAAGCGCGGCUGUGGGACAGCCGCCGGGGGUAGCGGGGACGCGGAGCCCGAGCAGGACUGCGCGGUAACCUCGGGCGAGGAGCUGCUGGCGCUGCCACCACCGCCGCCCCCCGGGGGAGCUGUGCCACCCGCUGUCCCUGUUGCUGCUCGAGAAGGCCGUCUGCCUCCAGGCCUUAGUGCCUCACCUCAGCCCUCCAGUGUCGCGCCCCUGCGGCCCCAGGAACCCCGGUGA